GCAACAACAGAAACCAGGUCGGCACAUAAAGAGGAUUGCGGUAGUACGAUAGCAAGGACAGCGCCUCGACACAUUGGACUACAACAUUUCUUGUUAUAGGAUUGCCUGCCGAACUCGUAAUUCGGAUCCGGUUCAUUAUAUACCCAGAAUUUCCAUUGUCAGAAGGCCAAAGGCUACCCAUGAGCUCUGAAACAGGAUACAGUAAUGGCUCGCUCAUAUAUAAUGGCGAAACCAUUACCCAUCCAAACCUAUACGUACGCAACCUUCCGCCUAAUAUGGACCAGACCGCCGUCGAGGUCUUGUUCCGGCGGUUCGGCUCGUGCACGGGCUGCAAGUUCUUCAAAACUGCGGCCGUUCCCUACGCGUUCCUGAGGCUUAGCACUCCAGCAGAGGCGUUGGCUGCUAUUAAGGCCAUGAAUGGCACGACAGUGUCGGGCAGGAUUAUUCUCGUUAAGUCCGCAGACGCGGAUGCGACAUAUGAUGCCCCAAAUGAGAACCUUUACGUGCGCAACAUCCCGGUAUCCUGGAACGAAGAGGACAUUCGUCAAUUUUUUGAGAAAUUUGGGCCCUUGGUUAGCGUUCGCGUGCUGCCACCCAUAUCCACCAGCGUCGGCCAGGUCGCCAUGGUGCGCUUCCAGCAGCUGGAGCACGCGCAGGUGGCGCGUGACGGAGCCAACGCCACCAUUCCGCAUGGUGAGCAUCUCCCCCUCAACGUCAAGUUUGCGGAUAACCAAGAUGAGAAGGCGCGCAAGCAGCAUAGCCGCUUGGUCAAAUCCACAAGCGCCGGCUCUGGCCCGGGCGGACAUAUUAGUCCGUCCCAGCGCUACGCCCCGUACCCUGGUGCCAGCGGACCUCCCGGGUAUCCGCCCGGGAUGGGCCUGCCUUUUGGGCCGCCGGGGAUGGGCCUGAUGGCGACAACUGAGUCAGGUGCGAUGAUGCCGCCACCAGACAUCAUGGGGCCGAUCGGCAUGCCGCCGCCGCCCUGGGCGCCCACCGACCCCGCCGCCAUGUUCGGCGUGCGGCCACCUCCACCGCCACCUCCACGGAUCCAGCAGCACCCGCAGCCCAGGCCGCAGCAGUUGCCGCCCCCACAGCAGCAGCAGCAGCAACAGCCUCCCGUCUUAGCGAUUGCUGUGGAUGCAGCGUCAGGCCAGCUCAUGCUGCCAGCGGCGGUGGGCCCUGGUAGCCCUGGGCUCAUGCACCCGCCGCAGCAGCAGCCGCUGCCGGUUCAGGUCGUGCCGAUGCAGCCGGUGCAGGCCACGCCCUCUGGACAAGUACCGCCACAACCGGCUGUGCAGCCUCAGCAGCAGCCACCGCGGCCUGCGCUGCAACAGCCGAAGCCUCAACAGCCGCCGCAGCCUCAGCCGCAGACAGCAGGGCCCCAGCACACAGGCCAAGGAGUACUUCCUCAGCCACAGCCCCUGCCAGGAGCAUCGCCAGGAGCACCGCCGCAAGCGACGCACGGAACCUACCCUGUCCCCGCCGGCGCCCCUGUCCCCGCCGCCGCCGCCGCUCCCACCGCACCGCCCGCUUACCCGGGAUACGAUGCUCAAAGCGCACAGCAUUAUGCACAGCAGCCGUACGGCGCCGCACCGUAUGGUUAUCCCGGCUAUCCAUACUCCCAGCCGCCAGCGCAGCAGCAGGAGGCAUACGAUACACAGGCGGCGGCGUACUAUGCCGCGUACUAUGGUCAACCUCCUCCAUCGUACGCUGCAGCCCCUGGUACCGCAGCGACCAGCAACGUCUCCACUACCGCCACAACUUCCAACGGCGACGUGCCCGGAGGCUUCAAACCCAGCUGCCGCAUUAUGAUAUCCAAUCUGCCGGGCGGUUUAGAAAAAGUCCACAUGUACGAAAGCUUUUCGGCGUACGGUGCCAUUCUGGCAGUGCACGUGACUAACGGGUUUGGUGUUGUGCAAUACGCCGAACGCGAAUCGGCAUCUCGCGCGGCUGUGGCGAUGAACGGCGCACUGUUACGCGGCACCCGGAUCAAGGUGGUGAUUCCGGAUUCCUAG